CGCCCGGCUGGCCCUGGAGAAGGGAGUUGUUAGGGGAGCUGUAGGGGCUGGGUAUUACGGUGCUGGGGUCUCCGUUGUGGGUGUCAGCUGCUGGGUCCGAGGGAGGAGAGAGGAGCCGGGGCGGAGCCUUGCUGGGCGGGGCUCCCUCUUCCUGCCCCGCGUAGAGCAGAGCUCAGUCCUUGUUCUGUGCUUGCAGGUCCCAGGCCAGACUCCUGUCCUGGGAUCCUUCCACCUUCCCAGCUCAGUGUGCAGAGGAUCAAGGCCUGAUCUAGCAGGGAGCCUGGAGCCAGAGGUAAUGUCCCUUGGGACCUGCAGACCCCCAGCACAGGAGCUGGUGACAUUCAAGGAUGUGUCUGUGGACUUCACCCAGGAGGAGUGGGGCCUCUUGGACCAUCCUCAGAAGGAGUUGUACAAGGAGGUCAUGCUGGAGAAUGCCCAGAACUUGCUCUCCCUGGGGCUGCCAGUUCCCAGAGAAGAUCUGGUCUCUUAUUUUGAGGAAAAGGACGCACCACAGCUCCUGGAGCAUGAAGGCCUAAGGAGCUGUUAUCCAGAAGGAGAUGUUAGACCUGAAAUUAAAGAGACUACUGCAAAGUUAAGCAUUUCUGUGAAAGAAACUCACCAGGAAAGUUUCAUGAGGGGUGGUCCUUCUGACUUCACUGGGAGACAAAUCUGUGCUGCAUUUCACAGAAUCCACAAAGGAGAAAAAUGUUAUAAUUGUCAUCAUUGUGGGAAAGUGUUGAGUCAACAGUCAUCCCUUAUUUACCAUCAAAAAGUUAAUUCUGGUGUGAAACUACAUGAGUGUCAUGAAUAUGGUAAAACUAUUUGUGAACAUUCAACCUUCAUUAUGCAUGGGAGAGAUCACAUUUGCAGGACACCUUAUGAAUGUAAUCAGUGCGGAAAGGCUUUCACACAGAACUCUAGCCUUAUUGUGCAUCAGAGAAUUCACACUGGAGAGAAACCUUAUAAAUGUAAUCAAUGUGGAAAGUCUUUCACACUGAGGUCCAGCCUUAUGAAACAUCAAACAAGCCACAGUGGAGAGAAACCUUAUGAAUGCAAUCAGUGUGGAAAGGAUUUCAGGUAUAAAAGCCACCUUACUCUACAUCAGAGAAACCACACUGGAGAGAAACCUUAUGAAUGUAAUCAGUGUGGAAAGACUUUCAGGCGUAAAAGUCAUCUUACUCUACAUCAGAGAAAGCACACUGGAGAAAAGCCUUAUGAAUGUAAUCAGUGUGGAAAGGCUUUCGCACGGAACUCCAGCCUUAUUAAACAUCACAGACUGCAUACUGGAGAGAAACCUUAUGAAUGUAAUCAGUGUGGAAGGGCCUUCACACAGAGCUCCAAACUUACUGAACAUCAAAGACUCCACACUGGGGAAAAACCUUAUAAAUGUAAUCAGUGUGGUAAGGCUUUCACACAGAACUUCCACCUUAUAAUACAUCAGAGAAUUCACACUGGAGAGAAACCUUAUGAAUGUAAUCACUGUGGAAAGGCUUUCAGGUGUAAAAGUGAUCUUAGUCUACAUCAGAGAAAGUACACUGGAGAGAAACCUUAUGAAUGUAAUCAGUGUGGAAAGGCUUUCAGCUGCAAAAGUAAACUUAGUCUACAUCAGAGAAAGCACACUGGAGAGAAACCUUACAAAUGUAAUCAGUGUGGAAAGCCUUUCAGCUGUAAAAGUAAACUUAGUCUACAUCAGAGAAUCCACACUGGAGAGAAACCUUAUGAAUGUAAUCAGUGUGGUAAGGCUUUCAGGUGUAAAAGCUAUCUUAGUCUACAUCAGAGAAUCCACACUGGAGAGAAACCUUAUAAAUGUAAUCAGUGUGGAAAGGCUUUCACAGAGAGCUCCAGCUUUAUGAAACAUCAAAGAGUUCACACUGGAGAGAAACCUUAUGAAUGUAAUCAGUGUGAAAAGGCUUUCAGGUACAAAAGUAGCCUUACUCUUCAUCAGAGAAUUCACACUGGAGAGAAACCUUAUGAAUGUAAUCAGUGUGGAAAGGCUUUCACACACAGCUCCAGCCUUAUUAAACAUCACAGAAUCCACACUGGAGAGAAACCUUAUCAAUGUAAUCAGUGUGGAAAGGCUUUCAGCUGUAAAAGUGACCUUAGUCGUCAUCAGAGAAUCCACACUGGAGAGAAACCUUAUCAAUGUAAUCAGUGUGGUAAGGCUUUCAGAUGUAAAAGUGAUCUUAGUCUACAUCAGAGAAUCCUCAAUGGAGAGAAACCAUAUGAAUGUGAUCAACGUGGAAAAGCUUUCUGACUAAACUGGGAACUAGCUGUACAUGAGAAAAUCCACACUGGAGAGAAACCUUGUGAAUGUAAUCAAUGUGGAAAGGCUUUCAGGUGUAAAAGUGAUCUUGGUCUACAUCAGAGAAUCCACACUGCAUACAAAUAUAAAUAUCAUCAGUGUGGAAAGGCUUUCAAAUGCAGGACCAAUCUUUCUGUACAUCAGAGCUGCAUGGUUAUGUCCUUUAUAUCAGAUUUUUAUCAGUUUAUAUCAGAAUUACCCUAUUGUACUGUCUGAAUGCAAUCAGUCUAUAGGGUCAAACAGAUAAAUGGAGAAAGUGGUUUUCAUAUUGUGAACCCUGAAUUGAAACAUCUUGUUCUAAAAAACAGACAAAUAAAAUUGGGGUACGCAUGUCUUCUGGUUAAUUCCUCUCAAGGUAGCUUGACAUGUGUUGUAUGGGAGUUUAGUCCAAACUGACUUGGUUUAGGAUUUUGGGGUGUAGCAUUAUAUACUCUUUCAACUUCCUAUCAACCUGUUAUCCUUCCAGACCAUUCCUAGCCUCCUUCUAUCUAGGUAGGAGGAUUUGUCUCCACUGGAGCCUGAGAAGGAUAAAACCAAUUCAGAUUUGGGUAGGGCUUGACCAAGACAAGACAAUCACAUUAUCAUUGAGGGCCUUGUGAAGAACUUU